UGGAAGCGGGUUAUGGUGAGGCUCCCUGCCAAUAGAUGGCCCCGCGCUGUCAGUCUUGUCACUGGCCAGGUGGCGUGAGGAUGUGUGCGCGGCAACUACCACAGUGUCAAGUGUAUCAAUGAUGCGGGCGGUGGGUUCCCCUUGGCCAGGUACUCUUGGCGUGAGGGAUGCGGUCCGCCCCCCGCCCCGCCAAGCCGCCUGACAUCCCCGCCACAGCUCCACGCUGGCCGCCCCCGCCGCCAAGCCACUUCUCAUCACACAACGGAACAUCUUGGGCUCUUCCGUCGCCUCCACGAUGGUUUAUAUAUGUAUGUGAUAUAAAAUCAAAAGUAUUGAAAAGCGGAAAUCCAUGGAACUGAAAAUAACAGCGACGCCAACCGCUGGGCAGAUGUGAAACUUCCACACGUAGCUGCAUCGAUUGUACACUUUAACGUAUAUGUAAGGCACAGUGUUUCGUUGAGUAGUGAAAACAAAUGUUUGGUCUGUCUUUUGCUCACAGUGAAGGGCAGGAGUGAUGGCUGAAGCAUACCUGGUCAGUACAUGCUUACGGGUGUUUCGCGACCUGUCACGGGUUGUGUCAUGACGCUUCACCCGGUGCUCCACUGACUCGCUGGUCACGUGGCUCCUCACCUCAUGAGUGAAACCAAGCUAAGUGAAGUAAAUUUUAGUGUUGAAGAUCGCCCAAAGAGAAGACAAACAGUCAAAGAAAAAGUAAAGAAAGGAAAGUUGAUUAAAAACGAGAGUGCACUGAAGACACUAAUGCACCAUUGUGAGGAUAACAAAUUUAUACCAACAGAGGAAAGAUGGCACAAAGAAAAGGCAGCAGAAUACCUAAGAUAUUACUAUUAUACUGAACCUGUGAAGUGCACAUAAUCUAAGGGAGUGAAGCAAACACUUUAAACACGGAGGGACGGAGGAGGAGACGGCGAAGUAGGGGAGUCUUGCAUCAUGGGAGAGCUUCAGGCGACUAUCGAACUGGCACUUCACAUCCACAAGUUUUACAACGUCGACCUGUUCCAGCGGGGGUAUUACCAGCUUCGUAUGUACGUCAAGUCGUCCCCCAAACUCCCUGCUAAGAUAGAACUAAGUCAGCCACGCAGCUCCAGUGGCACUGGGCUGGUGUUUCCAGCGUGUGUGGUGAAUGGUGCUGCUGUCAGCAAGACGUUUCAGAUCCUUUACCGUAACGAGGAAGUUCACCUUGACGACCACGUUCUUUUUAAGCUGCACCUGAUCGUUGAUGCUCACAAGCUGGCGGAGAGCCUGGACCGGGCAGACCUGCAGCUGGUGGUGGAGCUGUGGUUCACUGAGCAUGCCUUUGGCCCAGACCACCAUAAUGCCAUCCAGUGUGUCUCCACCAGAACCCUCAACCUCCAUUUUUCUCCUACCAGGGGCCUUCACUACCACCUGCCAGUUCUCUUUGACUACUUCCACUUAUCAGCUGUCACCCUCACAGCCCACUGCUGCCUUGUAGCCUUACACCAGCCCUACAUCAAGAAGACCAUUCUCACCCUUGUACACGACUGUGGAGGUCGCAGCGGUAAAUCUUGGAGCUCCCCUCGCCUCACCCAACGUACUCAGCAGUCCAACAUGGAAAAUGUCUUUUUUGGCACCAUUAACAAUACCAUCAAGUGUGGUGGUGGUGGAGGUAGCAGCAGUGCUUCAUGGCGGUUGGCCCAAGCCCGUGCCACCCACCGCACCAUCUGUACCCUUCUGUUAGCUGCCCACACAGCCCUGGCAGCCCAGCUAGAGACUAUCAUGGCCAUUUUGCCUCCAUGGGUAGCCAGUGCAGGCAAUGCAGGGGCAGCCUCCACUACCCCUUCCACUCCUCAGCCCACACGCCUCAAAGUGGAUAACUUAUCAGAAGUGGCCAAGGAGUGUUACUUUGCUCUCAUUGGAGGACAAACGCCUCGCUUUGAUCGCCGCCAUGCUGAGAGGACAAGGACUGUUGAUUGCGAAGAGGACUUCUUGGUUGUGGCCAACAGUGAUAUAGCACAGCUGUGUGCUGAAAACAUUCUUCUCUGGCAACAUUUUCUUACAGUGGUAAUGAAUUCAGAUGCUGUGAGGCAACACCUAGCCAAGCAGCACCACAUUCAACGGGUGAAAAGGUUUGCCGAAGCAUUUUUUGUCAUUGAUAAUCCCCGUCCCUCUGCUAGUGGAUGUUAUGACAGUAAUUACCAGAACUACGUGUUGGUUUCGGAGGCUGUGAGACGUUCCCGUUACUUCAAUCUUCUGCCACCUCUGGCUAUAGAGUGCACAGAGAUGGAUGGUGAUGUGGCUACACUCCCUGUAAUUUUUGAAGAUCAGUACCAACAUGUUGCAGAGUUUGCACGCAGAAGGUCCAUUGUUAGCCGCAAGUCAGAAAAUUAUCUGAGUGCAACGGAUAUACAAAUUGCAGUGGACCAAUUGGAUGGAGAGAAUGUGAAGAGAGAGGUCAUUCCUCCAGAUGUUACUCGACCAGAGCCACAAACUCGUAAUGGCCUCAAACCUUUGGCGGCUGAAGCUCAUGUCACAGUUCUUUCCCACUUGGAGUCUAAACCCACCCUCAAUCAUGACUCCAAGUCACUCUCCAGCCAAGAGAAUAAGUCUCUUGCUAGCACUACUUUUGAUUCCAAGGCAGCCAGCACAAGUGGCUAUGAAUCCAGAGGAACUAGUAAUACAGAAGGAAAAGUCUCAAAACUUGCAGCCAAAAAUACAAAAUCUCCAGCAUUGGGAGUAAAACCAUCUAUUCCAAAUUAUGUCAUGGACAAAGAUCCAAAGGGAACCCUAAAAGGCAAAGGGAAGGGUGGGGAGGGUAGAUCACGCAGCAGUGACUCACGGGUAUCCUCGGUACACAGUGGUGGUAGUGGCAGUAGUAAACACACUUUAGGUAGUGGUUCUGAAAGUGAUGAAAAGACCCUUGGUUCUAAGGCAUCUAAAGGUUCCAAGAGUUCCAAAGCCUCAGAAUGCUCUGCUAAUAAGGAAGAAUCUGAGCCGGAAGACAAACCACCACUGCCUCCUCGCACAGACAAAAUGCCUAAAGAUUUUAAGCCUCCAAUUCCUCCCAAGACUCAUAAGCUUCCAAUGCCUAGAAAUAGUUUAAAAGAGAAGUUAAAAAAUAACCUAAAACUAGAAUUACGGUUACCUGCUAGUCAAGGUUCUGCAUAUAAAAGAGCAAAAUUUAAGCUAAAGCUAAUUCAGAGAGCCCAGCAGCUAAGGUCAAACUCCUCCAGCCAUCAACACAAAAGCAAAAGGGCACAAGCAAAUGCCAUUGCUGAGAAUGUGGUGCUCCUCAAGUACCGUAAACUGGAACCUUCACUUAGUAUGCCCUACAAUCUUGGGGCUCAUACUCCAGGAAGCAGUGGAGGUGGGGACCAAAUUAUGAGACAUUCACAGAGUACACUAUCUAUGCCUUCCUUCCUGUGGGAGGUAGCUACAGCCUCCUCCCCAGGUAUCACUGAGUCCAUGCCAGACCUGCUGGCAACAGACUCUGAAUCUUCCUCAGAAAUCAAUCCUAAGGGUCCUGUUGUUCCACCUGCUAGACCUGUACGUCUGGAACGUAAUCCACCAAUUCUCUCCAAUGUUGAAGUUGGCCUUGUUUCUGCCUCUGAUUCAACUUUAAUACAAAUUGGUGGUGAAAAAGUAGAAGCAAAAGGAAUAAAUAAAAAAGCUACGUCUCCUGUAAAAAAGACACCUGACAAUCCUAAGCCUUUGAUUCUUCACCAAGAUUCCUCCUCAAAUAGUGACAUAACCUCUGAGCAGAGUGGAUGGGUCUCUAACUCUAGUCGUCAAAGUUCGGGGUCCUCAAGUGGCCAAAUUAGUCCUGAUUUAGACAUAAAACAAUACCCAAUUAAGGACUUGCUCUCAGCAACUUCCACUGUACAGUUUAAGGCCAAUGGUGCACCCAGUAAUGGCUCAAAUUCCAAUGGAACAAAGAGCAACACACUAAAGUCUAGUGGAAGCAAGGGUAAUUCCUCCAAAAGUAGCCGAAGCAAAAGCAAUGGAGCAAAAAUUAAUGGACCCCAAAUACCCAAGGCUUCAAUGACUGAUGUUGGCAGUAAAACCUUACCAGGAGUUAAGUACAAAAACAAGCCUGGGUCCAGGAGCCCAGCCAAUCAUAGAGUUAGUAGGUCAGAAGCCCGUGCACAAGGUCAUAAGGGAAUUGGAAAAGAAACCACUCAAAGGUCUGCUUCCAAUGAUCAGCUUCAAAUAAAACAAAGGAAAAGUCCUCAUAGGAAAGAAGUAAAAAAGUCCCAGUCAUUGCAAAAAGUAAACAAUACAACAAGAGGAGAUCCACAUGUGUAUGAAGAAGUACCCCUCCCACCCCCCCCAAAGGAGUUUCAGGAUCCCUUACCUGGCUUGAGGGAUGCAUUGAGGAGAGGGGGCUAUGCCACCACUGGUAGGAUACCUCGGGAAGAUAGGGCAGCCAAGCAUGUCAUAAGUGGGUAUAAGGACAGGCCAAGAAGUGAAAGUCCAAAGACAGAGACUGGAAAAGUUCAACGUGAUGAUGGUUACAAGAGUGAGCGCAGCCAUGGUAGUUCUCAUACAGUCACCCCAAGACACAGUGGGGAAUUUGAACUUGAGGACAUGGCCAAUGUGUAUGAAAGUGUCAGUGAGGUUCUCAAUGAUGUUAAAAGGACCUCCAGAAAAGCAGGUCAUGGACAUGACAAGUUUAAUUCUCUACCGUCAAUGAGAAGACGACACCAGUCUACUGGUCCUGGACGGCCAGAGAAAAGAGGACCAAGCAGAAAGAUGGCUGGCACACCUGAUCGUUUAUCAGAACCAACACCCACAAAAAUGAACCAGCACCACAUUAAUGGCACAGAGCGAGUCCGCACCCAGUCUGCUCCCCCACCCAACCUUGAAAAAAGUGAUUCAUUGAAGGAAUCCUCCAGCCCUCGUGAAAAAGAUCCCAAACCUCAGAGGAGAUUAGAUUCCUUCUCUUCAAAAUCUGACCCUCUGACACAGCUGGCAGACAGCAAAUGUACACUACUUGAGCUUUUUCUUGAGCAGCAGGGGGCCAGUGUUUGGGCUCACCGGGAGGCCCAGCGAGAGUUGCUCAAGGCUGCUCAGUCAGCUGCCAAAAAGGAGGCUCUAAAUAAUGAAGCAAGACUCCUACAAGAAGCUGCAAGGAAAACAGAAGAUCAUUGCAAACUAAAUGCAGAUCUAAAGAGCAAGUCAGAGCUUGUAAAUGAUAACUUUGAAGAUAACAUGUCAGACAUUCCCCCUCCUCCCAGGCCACCCUCACCAAGGGAUCGAAAUGAACCCAAGUGCACCUGCCCCAGUGAGCUGCGGAAGGAACGUGGCCGCCUGGAGGACCCACCAGAUGUGCUGCCUCCAAGACUCCAUCCCCCUGUAGCAGACACCCUUGCAUUUGUUAAAGCAAAAGAAGAAUUCAAACAGCAAAUGAAUUUCCAGGGAUUACUGUACAGUGACUUUUCGGGUCUGGCGUCAACUAUUCCUUACUUCCAUGUGAGUGAUGACUGCCGGGUGUUGUCCCCUGAUGGUCUACACCUUAUAGUGUGUGUUCAUGGCCUGGAUGGGAACUCUGCUGAUCUGCGGCUCAUUAAGACCUACCUAGAAAUUGGCUUGCCAGGAGCCAACUUGGAUUUUCUGAUGUCAGAAAGAAAUCAAGGAGACACAUUCUCAAACUUUGAAACUCUGACGGAGCGCCUGGUGUCAGAGAUCCUCUAUCACAUUGAAGCCUACAACCUCAACCCCAAACGCAUCUCCUUUGUUGGUCACUCCUUGGGAAAUAUAAUCAUCCGAGGAGCUGUGUCACACCCCCACAUGAAACCCUUUCUUCCAAGGCUCCACACAUUCCUCUCUCUCUCAGGCCCUCAUCUGGGAACUCUGUACAACAACAGUGGUUUGGUUAACAUGGGGAUGUGGUUCAUGCAGAAGUGGAAGAAAUCAGGCUCACUCUUGCAGCUUUCUCUCAAGGAUCGAGUGGAUAUCCGUCAGACUUUCCUAUAUCGACUCACUCAGCGGUCACAGCUUCACCAUUUUCGCAAUGUGUUGUUGUGUGGAUCCUCCCAAGACAGAUAUGUCCCCUUACACUCAGCUAGGAUAGAAUUGUGCCGGCAAGCUGUCAAGGAUAACUCAGUUAUGGGUUCUGCAUAUCGGGAGAUGGUAUCCAACUUGUUGCAACCCAUCAUCAGCUCCCCAUCAGUAACCCUGGUCCGCUACGACAUUCACCACGCCCUGCCCUCCACCGCCAACUCCCUCAUUGGUCGGGCUGCUCACAUUGCUGUCUUGGACUCUGAGCUUUUCAUUGAAAAGUUUUUACUUGUGACAGGGCUGAAAUAUUUCAAAUAAUGCUUAGAUUUAUAAGGUAGUAUUUCAGGUACUGGUAUUUUCUAUAUUUAGGGAAUUAAACCCCUUUCUGUAGACAACUUUGGUAAAUAGUAUGUAAAAAAUGUAUAUAUGAGAGUUUUACAUAGAAAUCAACAAGCUUAUUACCUGGUACCUGUGUGAGCAAUCUUGGUGUCUUCAUCAAGGGUUGGGGUGACAUGAACAGAAAAUGAAACCUUGAAUACUUGGUAGAUGAUACAUUGUGAUGUUAUUACUUGAAACAGAUUUUAAUGACUAUAUAUUUAAUGUUUACAUAAAAUGUAGGUAAUUUGAUAUGUAUAUAUAUUCUGUGUAUUUUAAUUAAUUAAUAGGGCAUAUAUUUGGGUUUCACAUUUUGUAAAUAUGUCUGUAAGAGCUUGCUGUUUCAUAUUUUGCCAGGAAUUAUUCAUAAAAAUAUAACCAUCAUUUAUAUCGAGUGUUUAUAAGCCAGUGUUUCAUCAUUGUCUUAGGUUGGCAUCUUUUGAAAUGUGUGUGUGUCAUUUGUGCCACAGGAGUCAGUCUGAUCAAGUACUGACUUGUGCCCCAAAGCGAUAUAGAUUUAUCUGUAAUCUUAUCAGUGCGUUAACUGAUAGUUUUUUCCCAUCUUCAGUGCAUGCUUCUGGUAGUAAUUUAAUACUUGACUUAUUACUUGGUUAUUUUUUCUUGACAUAACCGACUAAUCAGAAAAGUAUAAGUUGAUGAUAUUUUGCCCUUUGUUCUAAUAUACAGUGAUAUCUCGUUAAUAAAAGUCUUGUAAUAGGAAGUGUUCACUACUUGCAGAGAAAGCAUUGCAAGAACUUGCCAUUAUUACCUUAAUUAAUAACAAUCAAAUAUUUUUAUACUGAAGUUCCUUCAGAAGUUAAAGGGAGAAAUAACAGGAAAGAAUUCAGGUUCAGUUAAAUCAAUAUAGAUAUUUUACCUGAUGAAUAUAGGUAUUGUUCAGCUAGUUCUCUCGGAGGGAAUAUAAUGACCACAGAAAACACCAGACAUGUGGUAAGAGGUUACGUAAAGCUUAUUGUGACUUUAGAUACCACUUCAUGUACCCAGGUUUUUGGUUAACUCAUCAGAGGAGACAAAAAGCAGAGUUAUAUGUCUGCUGCCUUUACUAGUGUGGACUUAUACCAUGGCUCCUAGUCUAAUAACUAGGGAUUUAGCCACAACCUCAUAGUUCUAAGUGCAAGCAAGAAAGACUACACAUCUACACUAUCAGUCACUGUCACUGGCAGUGGUGACAGCAUGUGCCAAACAGCAAAGCCAAUCUCUAGAAUGCUUCAUGGACAUGUUCAUGACAUUUUUUCUUUUGGUCUGAAUUUGGUCAGGGUUUUCAUAACUACACCAACUUUCAUUUGCUACUCUGUCCUCCAUCUCAACUUCUGCCUCUUAUAGUUAUUUUAAUUAAAGCUGGUAAGCUCUUAAAAUUCAUAACACUGAUUUUUGUUGUUGUUGUUUGUGUUUGGCAAAUGAGUACAUAUUUAGAAGGGAAAUAAAAAUUAGGCCUAAAUAUUGAAAGAUAUCAGUGACUAGAUUGUCUAAGAUACUGAAAAUUUAGUUUAACAAUCAUGGUAUGAAGAGAUAUCACUGUAUUAAUUUGCUCUCAGGUAUCCCUGUUUUCAAAAUAUGAAUGCCCAAUUUCCACUUUGUUCUUUCUUCUCUUGAUUCAUCUAGCCUUCCAACUCUAGAUUUCAGACCAGCAGGUGGAGGUAUUUAUGCCUCAAAGCCCAGAGGAAAGUGUGAGUGGAUGUUAAUAUGUAAUAUAGCCACUGUUAUAAGAGUGAACGGUGAUACACUAGAUUUGGGGGAGUAUGAGAUUGUGAGAAAACUCAGAAAGGGGCACUCCAGAAAAUUUAUUUAUAAAAUUUUAAAUGUAUAAAAUUCUCAAGUUAGAGAUUCUUUCACCAGGAUGGGUUCCUGGUAAUGAAUGCUAAACAUGAAAAGUGAGCAACUGGUUAAGCUUUUAAACCAUGUAGUAACGUUGGACUAGUAAAAUAACAGUGUUUAAUGACGGUGCUAGUGUAGGUGUGGUAGCUAAAAUUGAUAUGAAAAUAUUUUACAGGGUCCCUGCUAAUGUAGGAGUGUAUGUAAUGUUAACAAUUGCAGAAAAGCUUAGCCACUGCUCCCCUCCCACCAUAUGCUAUUGAUUUUCAUGAAGUAAUCUUCUCUUUUGUAUUGAUUUUCAAAUGUUGAGUGGUGGAGGGGAAGCUUUUGAGUGUAUGAAAUAUGGAAUAUGACUUUUACAAAGGUUAUAAAAAUUGCAUUCCAGUAUUAGUAUAGCCAACAUUGCAGAAGCCAAACAUCAUUGAGCUUGUUACAAAAUGAAAAGAAAUCAACCUGACCAAUUUUUGUCUUUUCUAAAUUCAUCAGGGAAGUAACCAUAAACUGAAAAGAGAGGGAGUUAUGAGUUGUACCUCAGACUGUUUAUCAUAUAGUCAUAACAUAAUGCUUGUCUGGUUGAUAGUAAAUGUAGAUAGUUGUCUGAAGUGAGUGGAGUACAAUGAAGUGUUUAAUAUUUUUGUAAGUAUAAUGGUAGGUAAAAUUGUUCACUUGGGUUUUAAAUGUGAAAUAUUAGUAGUAUAGAGAAAAAUGUUCAUGCCUUGUGCAGGUGUGUGUGUGUGUGUGUGUGUGUGUGUGUGUGUGUGUGUGUGUGUGUGUGUGUGUGUGUGUGUGUGUAAAUGUGUGUGGAUGUGUGGGUGGGUGUUACCCCAUUGCUGGUAAUAAUCUUUAAAAAAAAUACUUAGGCAGAAUCUUGAUUAAAUAUUGUAUUGUUAUUAUUUGUAUGAGCACCAACAGGUUAAAGUGCCACUAUACCAACUUCCAAGUUUUACAGUAUUAUAACAUCCAGGGAAUGGAGUUGGAAUAUGGUAUUGUAUACCAGUUCACUUUUAAUCCCAGAAGUGUUCAAGUUUUCCAAUUCACUAUUGUGAAUCUCAGUGUUUCCUUGUUCCAACACAACAAACCUAAAGCCAAAGAUUCUCUGUGGUUUAAUGUGACGUGUUUUUUCCAUUAAUAUGAGUUUCUGUAUUAUUUUAGUUUUAUACAAAGUCACAUGAGCUGACAAGAGGUGUUGGUAGACUGAAAUGGGCAUAAUACGGGAGCAACUCAUUGUCUCAGGCUUUCCACAGGAAGACAAUUUACUGGUUUAUAUAUUUUACAAAUAUUAAAACCAAACAGGGCUUUAAAUUAUUAAUUACUUUAUUGCAACCCAUUGCUCAAUACAAAGGUAUUCAACAGUUAUUUGCAAAUGCUUGACACAAUGGUGAAGAAUAGAUUUCCUGGUAGAAACUUGUCAUCCUAUAGCUAUACUAUUAAUAAUCUGAAACUUUUGCAGCAAUAAUUGCUUAUUUGAAAUCAUUUAAAAAAUAAACUUGUGUACACUGCCAAUUAGGUGUAAGCCUGGUUCAAUAGCUACUCAAAAAAUAUUUA